GAAAAAACACAAAACAAAAAUGUAGUAUCUAAUAUUUUAUCAUACAACUUUGUCUCUAUAUUUUCUUUCUGCUGCUAAGCUUGAUGCUGCAGUCUUCAAUAAUUCAUUUGGAGUCAUCUGUUUGGCUUUUUCUUCCAAUCACACAAUAUGAACUCUCUGACAUUAUAUUAACUCUUCCUGUUUCUCAGGAUUAAAUUUCACCCCUUCUCUCUGCAAUUUUUCCUGCAAAAAAACAGAUUGGUUCUUCACUUUCUAAAUUGGGAAAUCCUGAGAUCCCUUUGAUCCUUCUUCAAGCACAAGCCUUAAGCUAGUAGUCAGAGAUAGAGCCCUUUGACUCCAUUUCUAGAGGUUUGAUCAGUGAAGUAAGAGGUAAUGAGUGAGUUUGGUUCAGAAAGUCCAAGGCCAUGGAAUAUACACACAAGUUCAGAAUCACAAGCACAAGGGAAGAAUUUAGGGUCAUCGGCGAAUGCCAUUUCAUUUGGAUUUGUAGCUACAGCUAUUCUCAUAUCCAUGUUUCUUAUCAUGGCUCUCUUUGAGCAUCUCUUUAAGCCCACUUCUUCACCUGAUCAAGAUAGCGUAGAGAAUUCCUUGGAAUCAGGGCCACUUCAGAAACUUGCAAGUUCCCAAAGAGUAUCAACAACAUCAUAUGCAUCGGAUUACACUGUAUUGAUGCCAGGACAGCAAUAUCCAACCUUCAUUGCCCAGCCUGCUCCACUGCCUUGUCCAAGGGAAGCAGUUUAUUGGCCUUCCCAUGAACAUAGUUUUGCCUUCCCCUAAAGGACUAUCAUUGUUAUUUCAUACGAAUGAUCAAGUAGUCGUCGAAUUCUUCAUCCGAUCAAUGAUGUAGCACGCUACUCUGAUCGGAAAGGGAAGCCACAGAAGGAAAACUGAAUUUUGCAAUGUAGAGAAGCAAAUGAAUACAAGGAAAAAUCUUUGAUGUCAACAAAACUCCCCUAGGCUGAGCUUUAAAAUUUAAGUUUGUUGUUUUGGGACUAAGUUAUCUUGGAGUGUGGUCUGAACUGAUACCAUCUAGUGCUUUGCAUAGUUAUUGUAAUUAAGCUUGUGCUAUAUCAUUCUA